AUGCACCGUCACCCGUUCUUUCAUUUCCCUAAGAAAAUAACAAACGGAAUGGCUGACACAGCGCCGUCAUCUGCGCCUAAGGCGAAGGCGCCUAAAACGAAGGCACCUAAAGAGAAGGUCGCUAAGGCUGCUCCAGCGGCGCCUGCCGAACCCGCAAAAGCUAUUCGCAAAGUGUCGUCUAAGCCCCGUCACGGCAGGUUGUACGCUAAGGCCGUAUUCACAGGAUACAAACGUGGUUUACGCAACCAGCAUGAAAACACGGCACUUCUAAAGAUUGAAGGUGCAAAGAGCCGUGAUGAUGCAAUCUUCUAUGCAGGCAAGAAAUGUGUUUAUGUAUACCGCGCUAAGAAGAGGACGCCUAUUGCUGGCGGUCCUCGCGGUAAGAAGACUAAGCUGCGCGCAAUCUGGGGCAAGGUGACCCGUCCCCAUGGCAACUCCGGUGGCGUGCGAGCGCGCUUCAGGUCUAACCUCCCUGCGCAGGCUAUGGGACACAGGAUACGCGUGAUGUUGUAUCCUUCCAGGAUCUAA